UGCCCGCGGUCUGCGAUCAGUUCCCGCGCUACCGCAGACGCCGACUGACGAACGUUGCCAUUGAUAUUCGUCCGUUCGUCGUGUUCGCCAAUAAAGUCGCGCGCGCCGUGUGCCCGGCUGCAGUUAUACUGACGGGAAAACUUACGCGACAUCAUCGGUCGCCUUACAGCGACAUUUUACCGCCGCGGACCAAUCACAGAUAUCGGCCGGACUGCGACGGCGAUUUAUUUUAAUGACCUUCGCGACACGACUCUCUUGCCGACCUCAGACACUGUGGUCGUCGUUGUCGUAGAUUAAAUCGUCGGUUCUAUCGUUCGAAUCGUCCGGCGAUCCACGACGGUUCGUCGCGAAAAUUAUCGCAUCAAAAUAUUUGUAUUGUGUAUUCGUGGAGAAGUGACAUAUUAAAUCGAAGUUGAAAUUGUCUAAAGUUUCUCGGAUUUUCGUGAUGGCGCGUCGACAACAGUUCGUGGCCCUGUGGUUGGUCUUCGCAGUCCUGGUGAACGGCAACCACGGUUACGUGUCGAACCGGAGAGUGAAAAAUCAGAGACCAGGAGUGCGGAGCUACCCCGACGACGACAAGAACGGCGGCGGCGGCGGCGGUGUCGGCGCCGAUAUAAACGUGUGCUCGCUCGAACAGAAGACCACCAUCAACUUGUAUUGUUACUGCGACGACUCGAAGUCACUAGCGGCCACGUCGGCCGACUGUUGGGUGUUCAACGACGGCGAGCCCCGCGACUCGGCCGUCUGGCGCGGGUUCGGAUCGCAGUCCAACGUGACCAAGCUGACUUUCAACGUGCGCGGCACCUCGUCCAAGACGUUGUCGUUCGUGCCCACCGAGGCGCUGGCCCUGAUGCCCGAGCUCCGGACGCUGGAGAUCGUGUACGCAGACAUCGGGACCGUGCACUCGCACGCUUUCGCCAACCUGUCCCGGUUGCAGGACCUGGCCCUGGUCCGGAACAACAUCGUGCAGCUGGCCCGGGACUCGAUCGCGUACAUGGAGGACCUGCGCGUGGUCACACUCGGCGACAACGCCAUCGAGAGCAUCAGCAACGACGUGUUCGCCCGGCUACCCUCGCUCCGGAAGCUCUACAUGGACCGGAACAACAUCAGUUACAUUGCCGAGGGGGCGUUCGAGCAACUGCGUAAGCUCGAAGAGCUCGACCUGUCCGACAACAGGUUGACGGGAUCGCUGUCCAGGUAUGUGUUCCUCGGAUUGGUGUCCGUAAAAAGGCUGGACAUGCGGGCCAACCACUUGGACCGGGUGGGCCCGGAUGCAUUCGCCGAGCUGGUGUGCCUCGAAGAGCUCGUGUUGGAGGACAACGUCAUUAAGGCGAUCGACGGCAGGGGAUUUUCCGGACUGCCCAACCUCCAGCGGCUGAUCUUGGCGGAAAACCGAUUGACCGCUGUCGACGACCGCACGUUCCAUGGUCUCGAAAAGCUGAAGUUCAUUGACAUCAGAUACAACAACCUGCAAACGCUCACGUUCGGCGCAGUGGAACCGAUCUUCGAAAGGCUCCGGAACUCGACGUUCUUUUUCCAUUUUAAAGGUAACAUGUUCGAAUGCGACUGCAGUCUGCUGUGGAUGAACCGACUGGCCCUCGAGACGACCAACGAUCAGGUGGCACGCGAGCUGGCGACCGCCCAGUGUCAGAUGAACGACACGGCCGACAGCGACGGCGGCGGCGACUUGGCCGAUUUGAAAGUGGCGGGCCCGCGGAACGUUUACGGCGGCGGCGACGGCGGCUACGGCGCGAACCAGGUGGACGCCGAGACGCCGGCAGACAAGGCGAUAUCGGUCGGCGGCGCCGGCGGAGGGAUCGCGGACGGCGUGGACGGGGGGCUGCCCAAGUCGUUCGACGAACCGCUGGUGGUCACCAUCCGCACGUUGAACGAGGACACUUGCCCGGGCAAGGAGCAGCCACUGGUGGACGGGGCGCCGGACGCGGCCCAAAAUUCGGAUCGCGUGCUCUGGGAGUCGACCAAGUCGGCGGCGGCGGCGGCGGCGGGCUCGGCUCUCCACGCGCCACUGGGUCGGUCGGCCAUGCCCGUCCUCGCCGUGGUCUUCGCCGUCGUCAGUUCGCGUCGCUGUUAGGCCAACAACUAUUCACGUCCUCUCGCGCCAUCAUAUUAUUAUUGUAUUAUGUUUAUUACUAUAAUAAUAUAAUGUUACGUACUUACAUUUUGUUAUAAGGUAUGUGUGUCUGUGUGCGUGUGAGUGUACGGGGUGGCCAAACGUCAAACGCGAAAUGUGCGUAAACGCCAUCGACACGAUAAAAUAAAAUAAUGUCAUAUAAAAACGAUCGCGAUGCCUACGGACGUACCUCGCCUACAAAAUAAUAUGUCCACCGUCGCUGUUUACGGCCCCGUGGUAAAAUUAUAGUAACGUUGUAUUUUCCUUCGCUAUUUUCAAACAAAUCGGCGGCAUCGGCGCGGUUUCCAAAUCGCUCGAAAUGUUGCACAAUUAUCCGCGAUAUUAUAUAGGUACCACGCAAUCCUCGUGUUUGCAAGUACGUCGCUGAAAAUGCAUUUUUUUCAAUAUAAAACAUCGGCUCCGUCGUAACACGCUGCAUUAUAAUAUUACAUAGGCACACCUAUACUCACGAAAACAAUACCAUAUUAUCAUACAGGCGUAGGUACCGUCGUACACGAAUUUAUUGUUUAUUUUCGUACUCAGUUCGCGAUUUUUAAGCGCACGGUUUGAAGAAAAAUGCAUGCCAUGAAUUGCACUGUAACAAAUCGUAACGAUUAUUAAAAUAAUAUAAUAAAAUAUAAACAUUUAAUAUUAAAGCUGUAUAAUAUUAUGAACAAUUUAAAAAAUGAUAAGAUAGUAAUAUUAAGGGACGCGGCCCCAAUUCGAAUAAAAUAUAUAGAACGAGUCGACGGAAUGUAUAAACAAAAGAAGCGAGACGUGCGGCCACCCGAAAUAUUAUACAUUAACAUAUUAUGUAGUUUAUAUAAUAUUUAUAUUCAUAGAUUUAGAUAUUAAACCUAGAUGUGAGCAUAUACAUAGUAAUAAUGAAAACCAAAAUUACUUUUAUUAUUCAUCGUGUUAUCGCAUAAUAAUAAUAUUCUUUCGUCACUAUAAUAUUAUAUUAUUGUCUGCAGUUUUUGCAAAAUACGCAUAAUAUAUUUUUAGUAUUAUUGCAACAGUAAGAUUAUAAUAUUUUAGUCGUUAAUUAUUUCUUUCGAUCCAUAUUAUUGUACUCAAAUUUAAUAACGUGCUGUAGAAUUAUUGUGUAUAAUAAUAUUGAAAUUGUAUUAAAUGAUGAUUCAUGUGCCGAAACACAAUGACCGAUGACGGUACAAACAUCAAAAACGUCUAACGCAGAGGUUGCAGCCGAUAGUCGCCGACAAACAAAAAUUAAAAUAAGUAAAAGUGAAAUCUAAAAACACUGUAAAAAAAUCUACGUAUAUAGGUAUUGACUACGAUAAGCGAUAUAAUCUAACGCGUCUGUCGGCGGUCGUGGAACUGUGGAAGUCGUUUGUAAUAAUAAUAUCAUUACACGGCCCCGUUAACAUAAUAUCAUACUCGAUCCGGAAGGCGGGUGAUAAGAAAAAAAUUGUAUUUUUUCUAGAAACGGAGUUAUCAUAUUUCCCGGGGGUCUGGAACGAAAUCGCGUGUUAAUAUAUAGUGUACGAGCAUGAAAGCUGUUGUAUUAUAUUAUACACCUCUUGUUAUCGGUUUUUUUCCCCCGUCAAAACCCAAGAAUGGACCGCCUUCCGCCGACCGCACUGCAAUAUCCUUCGAGCGCGACUAAAAAUAAUAUAAGCAACAAUAAUAAUAUAAUACGAACUAGCGAAUUCGAAGCGAUUCGAGAAUGAAGAAACAUCAAAUCAUAAUAUUAUACGGCACGUGAGCGCAUAUCACAUGUAAUAUCAUAAUUACAUGUAUAUGCACCUGCAGUAGGGCAACCGGGGCUAUGCUUUGAUGAGGAGGUGGAGGGGCUGAUCAUUUUUUUACACAGAGGACGCUUGUCUAGGACAGGGUCGGUAAGCUGAUGCCAUAUACCAUUUUAUUAUUAUUCAUAUUUCAAUAUAAGAUUUUAGACGACUUUAGCAGCAACCUUCAAUAAUUACAAAUGGUUAAAUUAAUUUAGUAAGCGGCCUAUACGUCUCGGGCGUACGUUCACAAAACACUGUUAUUUAUCACUAACAAUUUUUUAUUUUCCUCGAAAUUUCGGGGAGUGCUACAGCCCCUUCAAUACUACUGAGUUACGUGCCUUCCGCAUAUAAAGUCUGACAACGUUUCGAGACAUGACAGGAUGUGAACAUCCGGAUCGUCGGAACACCAUCACAAACGAUGCUCCAACGCCAUGUGUGUAUCGCCUCAGACGACUAUACUAUAAUAUUUAUGUAUUGGUAUACUAUUUACUGCAGUACAGCAGUAUUGGUAUGUGUAAAUAUAUUAUUUCUUCGUAAAUGAUAUUAUUAUUAUCACACACAUGUGAACGUUUUUAAACAUGCAACUGCAGUCGUCGAGAUGUAAUACGCAGUUAUUGUAUAAUAUUAUAUCGUUGCAGUCUGCACGACGUAUUACACUCCGUUAUAUUCCUAAUAAUAUUCUAAUACGCGUUUCUCUUCUGCAGCUCUUUUUUUUUUCAUUCCCUCCGUCUCUGACAAAUCUGUUGUCAAAUUAUGCACUUUCGCAGUUAGAUUUCUGCGGCGAUUUUAAGCGU